CCGGGACUCUGUGCACGCACACUCACCGAGUCCCUGCUGUCAUUGUGGCCGUUUUUAAACGCACAUGCUGUUUGUAGACCACCCGGUAACGGAGCAUAUGCUGCCAUGAGUGCUUUGUGUCGCUAUAUCCAUAGAGGACUGCUGAGCAGCCGGCCGUUGUGUCGUUUAUUCCCCGGACAGCAGGAUGUUUGCGGGGUGGCUCCCAUGGUCCGAUCAGCCUGCUCAUCCAGCCAGCCAGUCAGCUUGACCUAUGAUGUCUUUGACGGGAAGGGAGAGAGCACUCCCCUGGUGUUUCUCCACGGCCUCUUUGGCAGCAAAUCUAACUUCCACUCAAUAGCGAAGUCCUUGGUGCAGCGCACAGGUCGAAAGGUGCUGACUGUAGAUGCCCGUAACCAUGGCACCAGCCCUCACAGCCCGGAGCUGACCUAUGAAGCGAUGGCUAAUGAUUUGAAACACCUUCUCACCAAACUGCGCAUUGAGAAGUGCAUCCUUAUCGGCCACAGCAUGGGAGGGAAAACGGCCAUGACGACUGCCCUGACGCAGUCUAGUUUAGUGGAGAGGCUGGUGGUAGUGGACAUCAGUCCAGCCCAGACCACCACACGCACCAACUUCCGCAAUUACAUCCAGGCCAUGCAGGACAUGAAGAUCUCCAGUGACAUCCCACGUUCCACUGCCAGGCGGAUGGCUGAGGAUCAGCUGCGCUCUUUGGUCAAGGAGCGCUCGGUGCGUCAGUUCCUGCUGACUAACCUGGUGGAGCAGAACGGCCACUAUGCCUGGAGGGUCAACCUGGAGGCCAUCUCAGCGCACCUUGAUGAAAUCAUGAGCUUCCCCAACUUUGACAACUCCUAUGACGGACCCACGCUGUUUUUGGGUGGAGCCAGUUCUGCUUAUAUCAGCUCUGAGGAUUACCCCGAAAUCCAGAGGCUGUUCCCUUAUGCUGACAUCCAGUACAUCCCAGAUGCGAGCCACUGGAUCCACGCAGAUAAACCCUUAGAUUUCAUCAGCUCCAUCAUCUCCUUCCUCCAGUCCUAGCUGCCUCCUGCCGACGCCUCAGAACUUUUUUAACGCUCAGCACCCCUGAGCGUGCCCUCACUGGAAAUGACGGUUAGUAUUCAGCAGCUUCAGCAAGAGUGAAUGGAGCCAUUAAUGAUGCUAAUAAUUCCCAACACUGGACCAAACUCACCCUUUUAGAGCAGUCCUUACCUUUUAAAGAUAUUAGUGUAGUGUAGCGUAGGUGAACUUUUCUUUUGUCUAGGUAUCUCUGCCAGACAGGUAGUGUUACUAGAUUGGCUGGUUUCUAGAUGUGUUUUCAUUGAUUUUUAGCUCAGUAGGUCGACAAUAUAUAACUUAACGGGGCUGUUUUGGAGGUGAUGUACUAAUCCAAAGAAACUCUCAUUUGCACAGUGCUUUCUUUAUGAUUAAACAUUUAUGCCAGUAUGAUAGAAACGUGGCUUUAGGCCAAGUACAAUCUGGGACUGAUGAAGUGGACCAGCAGUAGGAUGUUCAGAUGUGAAAGUCGUGACAGCACUGGAAUGAAACAAAUACUGUAUAUCUGAGAAGCUGAGUGAAGAAUGUGCAAAACUAAAGUUGACUCUUUGCCCAAGGGAGUUUGGUGCCGUUUCAGGAGGUUUGAGCUCUGCCAGGAGGCAUUAAUGCUGACUCUGUGUGUACAGAUGGUUUGUUGUAGAAACAUAUUUUGAUGUUGAUAGUGAUAUAUUGAAUAUUUUGAUUUGGAACUUAAUUUCUCAUCUCCUCUCCUCUGUGUAUCCGCUGUAUGUCAGAGAUGAGGAUUUACAGGUCAGUGACUUUGUCACAACUCGAGGUCAUUGAGAGCGCUAGUUAUAUUUUUAUGCCAACAUAAUCAUAAUCGAAAACCGAGCUGAAAAACUCAAAUGCAGUAUUGUCACAAUCUGUUUCCUGAAUAUCUCAGGUUACAAGUGGAUAUGCUAAUUACUCAACACUUAUACUAUUCUGUCUGUCUGGCAAUAAGCCGUGGUAAUGUUGUUGUGUCUUUGUAUUUGGUCAGUUCAAUCAGUGUUUUGAUGAAACAUGUUUUACCGAUUUAUUAUCCCCUAUAACUUAUCUUUACAACUAAGGCGCAAAGCUAUAUGGGUAUCUCAUAAAUAUAUGCUGCAAUGUAUGUAUGUCGUUAUCUAAUCGUACUAGUGUUAUCAUUUCUGUUACCAUGGGUUUGAGCAGUACUGUCCAGUAGUGAAACUGCCAUCUGUAUGAAUAAGCAGGGUGUUGUAAACGUGUGCCUCUUUUGUCAAGAGCUCCUUUUCCAUUUCUGUAAAACUUGAUAGAAAAAGAAACAAAAAACUUUUAUUCUACAAUAAUAACUAGCAGACUUUAGAUUGGCAGCUGGGUUGCCAGUUUUGUGUGAAUUUUCUCACAAGGAAGCUUCGCAGAUGAGGGUGUAUCCCUUCAUGGCACUAGAUGUUUACAACAAUCAGUGUUUUAUGUUCGUUUGACGUGAAUACAGAAGUCUAAAACACUUUAAAUUAUCAGACUUAAGUUGAGUGAAACUCUACUUAUUUUAUUCUUUUUCUAAAGUUCCGGUUAGUGAAGACGUGUAUCCUCGUCCUCAAAAAAAAGAAAAAGAAAAACAGGACAGAUUUGUCUUGUUGCACAUAGGAAUAAAUUGUUGUGGUCGCUGACGUUUGAAUGCAGGCCCUGCUUCAGCUUCUGUGGUGUUGCAGUGGGACAAGAGUCUAUCAAAAAGGGGAACUCUGUCAACAAUAUAGGAGAGUGAAUUUAUUCAGUCACACUGACUACAUUUACAUGCAUGUAUCGUUCCAGCUUUCUGAAAAAGACAGUAUUCCUACUAAGCCGUUGACAUGGAUGAUGAAAAUGACUAUCUCACUAAUAUUCCUGUUUACAUGCAGCCGUGCGCACUCCGAUCAACGUGCCCUAACAUGUCUUUUAUUUUUUAAAGUUCUCCACUGGUGGUGGACUUGUUCAACCGUGCAAACACAGCCUCUCUCUUUCAUUUCUUUAACCACCUUUUUGAAAAGGUUGGUGUUGAGAUAUUUUUGAUAUUUGUUGAUACCCAGAUCUUUCAUAAUGUUUCUCCUUUUGACCAGAAUUGUAGGCUUUUCUCUUGGCCAUGCAUCUUUACUCCACAGCCUUGCAAACUGUUGGCAAGUUGGUUUGUGUACGCCGUAUCCACAGAGCAAACUGUGGUAAAAACCUUUUCUGAAUGCGCUAUACAUGCCCCAAUAUUGCGAUUAGAUCCCGAAUAAUAUCGCACAUCCUAAUCGAAAAAUGGUACAUUCUCAAUAAGACCUAAUUCAGAAUGUCCACACAGAAUAUCCUGUUUACGUCACCCCCUUAAAAUCUGGAAUAUUGUCCUAUUUGAAAUGAUAAUGGUGUAUUAGCGUGCAUGUAAAUGUAGUCACUGAAAAGCUGUUUGAAGACUAAUCAUCUGUUCAUGAUUGUAUAUUGUUUUACUAUGAGCAUGCCUUUUCUCUUGUCAUCAGGUGUAAGUUUGCUGUGCUAUAUACAUCUCAGUUUGUUGAAUAUGCUGCCACAAUGGUGGCACUCAUUCUAGAUAAUGGCAUAUAUAAAUUUUAAAUGUGGGCAAGAAGCAUAUAGGAGUGGAUUAUAUAUUAUUGAAAAUGUACAAACUGAUAUUAUACAAUAAAAUGAUCUGCAACAAA